CAGCCCGGGCUCGCCACUUGCCUUGGCUCCUCCCUUCGCCGCUUGGCUGCGGCGGCGGCGCUUCCGCCCGGUGGGACCGAAAUGGCGGCGGCCGGCUUUUCCUCCUGCUCCGUGCUGCGCCCUGGCUUGGUGCCGCUGAGGAGAUGGCGAGCUCUCUCGCGCCCAGCGCCCGGGGCUGCCUACAGCACCAGCAGCUCCCCGCGCAGCGCCGCCAGUGAUGAAGCAACCAUUAUCUCGGGGACAAAGCUUGCUAAACAAGUCUUGAAAGAAGUUCAAAGAGAUGUAGAAUCAUGGAUAUCCUUUGGAAACAAGAGACCUCAUCUCACUGUCAUAUUAGUAGGAGACAAUCCAGCUAGUCAUAUCUAUGUCAGAAAUAAGAUAAAAGCAGCUGCAGCUGUAGGCAUUUCUAGUGAGAUCAUACUGAGGCCUAAAGACAUUUCUCAAGAAGAGCUCUUAGAUAUGAUAGUCAAACUCAACAAGGAUUCAACGGUUAGUGGUUUAUUAGUUCAGCUACCUCUCCCAGAUCACAUAGAUGAACGAACAGUUUGUAAUGCUAUUGCCCCUGAAAAGGAUGUGGAUGGAUUUCACAUUAUCAACAUUGGACGUCUGUGUCUUGAUCAGCCUUCUGUAAUACCCGCCACUGCUGCUGCUGUGUGGGAAAUAAUAAAACGGACAGGAAUACAAACUUUUGGUAAAAAUGUUGUUGUAGCUGGAAGAUCUAAGAAUGUUGGAAUGCCUAUUUCAAUGCUUUUACAUACUGAUGGAGAGCAUGAGAGGCCCGGAGGUGAUGCUACAGUGACCAUUACUCACAGAUACACACCAAAGGAGCAGCUCAAGAUCCACACUCAACUAGCUGACAUUGUAAUAGUAGCUGCAGGUAUCCCAAAGUUGAUUACAACUGAUAUGGUUAAAGAAGGUGCAGCUGUGAUUGACGUAGGCAUCAACCAUAUCCAUGAUCCUCUUACAGGAAAGACAAAGUUAGUAGGGGACGUGGACUUUGAAGCAAUGGGGGCACUGAGUGAAGAGUCAGCUAUUACCAUUUCAUCCCUCAGCUCAGAAUUAUGGAAUAAUGGGACAAAAAACAACACUGAAGGUGCUAGUGGUGUCAUUUCUUUCUGGAGAACAGUGCAAUCUGGAACUGAGGUUUUGGCAGUAGACUACACAGAGCAACCGAGGCUCUUGAAGCUUAUGCAAACCUGUCUUGAAGAACACCACAGCUAUUGUAUUAACGGGCUCUGUGCUUUUCACAGUGAACUGAGGAAACCCAUAUGCAAGUGCCUUGCAGGUUAUAAUGGAGAGAGGUGUGAACACUUAACACUCAAUUCCUAUGCACACAAUUCUUACGAACGCUACAUUGCUGUGGGAAUUGGUAUAGGAAUAGUGACCAGUGGGAUACUUGCUAUCAUCUACUGCUACGUAAGAAAGAGAUGCAGAAAAUUGAAAUCACCUUACAAAGUAUGCGUGGGUGAGACUGCAUUGUGAAGACCUGGCAUUGGGACACUUACCAACUUGCCUGUAAACUAGAGAAGGUUCUGACUUGAGAGGCCAUCCCGUGCCAUCUAGCAGGUAUCCCAGCCUCACUGAUGAAGUGAGAUAAAGGGAAUGGCACAGCAAGUGCAUAAAGGAACUCCUGCAGAACUGAUGGGCUCCAUUCACUUUUGAAGAAAGAUUUCCUAUCUUUAAUAAAGGUUGCUGUAUGAGCAGCUUGCAUCAGCUGAGGAUACCUCCAGCCUUCUCAGCGUUCUUCUGUGGCUCAUAUUUGCCGAGGGAAGGACUGAUUCAUUUUAGCUGUUUUCAGUCAUUUCAAGCCCUAGCAGCAUGGUCUGGCCCGAUCUUCCUCCCACCCCUUCUCCUUUCCUUUAUUUUUCCCUCUGGUGGAAAAGCGCAACCUGUCUCACAAGGGAAUUGUUUUCUGAACAUCGCACGCUGACAAGGAGCCACCUGGGUUCUUCUUUCACGAGUUCUGCUGCAUUCGUGCCUGGAUCAACAGCCCUCUUCCAAUGCUGCAGGUAUCUCCAGUGGGCUAAGCAGAGUGUAGGCUUUCAUUGCCAUAUGGACAAAACUGUAAAACACUUCAGACUGGGGAAAAUGUAUGGUCCUCAGAGACUUACGUAAAAGUAAGAAUAAAAAUUAAACAGUUUCUGGAAAGUCAGAUCAUGAGAUCUCAGGGCAUUGCAAGUUCUUUCAAAUUUGACAAGCAAAGAAGUUAGACAUCUUUUUCCAAAUGGAUAUUGAGUGUGCUCACUGACAAAGAACUUUACUCUUCCUUUACAUCAUAUAGCAGCUCAUCAGAGUCUCAAAACCUUCAGGCAAAACGUUGCCUUCCUGGACCAUGAUUUCAGACUAAGACUCCAGUUGCUAGGAAAGCUGAAAUUUUGUUAUGAAACUCCAAUAUAGCUCUGUCCAGGAAGCAAACUCACUUUGCUCCAUUCUCACAGUAUAUACACAACAUCACUGCUGAAGUAAGAAAGAAAUGACCACAGGGAUUUUGUUCUACCCUGGCCUGACAGAUUAUUUGCUAGAUACUUAGGGUUGGCGGGGGGGGUGUUUUUUCGUCUUGCCUAUGGAGAAACACCAAGGCAAAACAUUUCUCUCCUAAGAGGAAGGAAGAGAAUUGGUUCUGAAGACUGUGGCACUGACUGUGGCUUCCCACUGACAUUUGGAGUAUUUGCCAGUGCUGAUGAGACUAUCUCCAAGAGAUUUUCAUUUCAGCUACUGGACAUUAUAGACACAUAUCUGCUCUGCUUACUCAUCUACAAGAAAGAAGCAGUUAGGUACCUCAGAAACCCUUGGAAUUUGUAUGGGUUUAUGUAGGCUCCUGCGUUUAGGUGCCUUGCUGGAAAACCGAGUGAGUUUGUUAUGUGAGUUCACCUUUAACCAAGGAUGCAUGUCGUUUGUUUAAAAACCUUUGUAUUCAUGAGCCUUCCACAGUAAUGGUGAAAUGUGUAUGAGUGACUGGGGGCUUGAAAGGGGAAAUGUGCAUUUAGCACUUCAGUGGUCUGAUAUACUUGGUUUCUCACACAGGCGCAUCCUUGUCAGUAGCUGAGUUGUCUCAGCUGUAGAUUGAUACCAGUAAAUAAUAACACGACACACAGUGGUUGGACUCCCUGUGCAAUAGAUAGGAGCCAGCAGCAAGUGCAUACGCUGAAAGGAUUGUUGGUGAGGAGCCGGAUGGAGACACGUGCCAGUCCUUUCCUCUAUGCAUUGACAUGAGCAUUUUGCAAGAUGCACUGAAUUGGUUUCCCAGCUCUCAGCCAAUUCAUUUUUUUCCAUCUCAAGAUAAAUCUUCAGAUCUCUGUCUCGUUUGUUCCUUUCCAUUCUCCUGAACCACUACUUCGUACCUACUGAAAGGCAAAUUCUACUCUCCCUAUUUUUAGGUUAGCUUUCAGUAGUUGCCCUGGUGUAAUCUGUGUUAUAUGUAAUGUAGUGAGAGAACAAUUAGACCCUACUUAAAAUGCACACACACAGCUCACCCAUACUUGACAGAGACUGCACUGAAAUACCUAUUAGAAACGUGCAGGUAGUUAGGAGAACACAGGUGAGAGAUUUUUCUCAUCCAUCUCCCACAUCUAGAUAGACUAAAGGAGAAAAAGCCACAAAACUUCUGGUAUGGGUCGGGUCUCCUUAUCCGGAGACAGUUGUCUCUUCCUACACUCACGUGGUGAGUGUUGCUUUCAGUUUUGGAGGAACAGUCCUUGGGCAUCAAAGAGGCUGUUUCUUGGAGGAGACACAGUAACACAACUUUUUCAGGGCUUCAAGAAGUACUUACUGAUAGCAAGGAGGUGCUGUGUACCAAGAGAAACACACACUGACUUUUUCUUUAAGGUUGGUUUGGAGGCCUGAAAUGCAGACACCAAAAUUGUGAGGUGUUUUUCCAUUUUGUUUUCUGGUGCAAGGCAGCUCUGGAAAGGCUUCCUGUGAAAGUUAGCUGUGUUUUUACGCAAACUGGAGAAAAGCUAGUGAGUGAAAUACCAGAUGAAUCCAUGCCAUGCAGAAUGGGACUUUAACAGUACACGUGUAGAAGGAGAUGAAAAUGGAAGAACGGAAGGAGGAAGAGAAAGGAAGUCUUUGCUUUAUUUUUCUGUUUUCUUUUUUCACGUGGUAUUGAGGCUUUCAGAAAUGCGUUCCUCACCACCUUGGUGCUGUAUGCUCUAGGUACUAAAGCAGGAUGUGCGAGCAGGUUGCCAUCUCCAUAGGCAACCGGAGCUGGUGGCAUCAACACAGAUGACUGCUUUCUCCAUCACUUGCCAGAGUGUUUACAGGCUGUAGCCUGCAAGGGAGAAGAGUGCUGUCACUUCUGUUUUAAGGGUUUUCAUCAGGCCCAAGCUGCGUUUGAAGCAUCACUGCAUGAAUGAAUCACUUGGCUGUUUCAUGCAGCGACCCUGCCGAGGAAGUCUGCGCUGCCUCAGGUUGCUCUGUGGAGUCAGCUGUGCUGAGCCCUGCCUUGAUAAGUGACAGAUGCUACUGGGCUAGUAGUGUGUGUUGCUGCUUACAGGGUAGAAUUUCCUGCAGAACUGGCAAGUCAGAGGAUCAGGAUCAUCUUUCCCGGCUCAUUUGUCAGGCUCAGACUCCUCCUCUGGUGGCUUAACAAAUGGAGUGACAAAGUUGUUCUUCCCAAUAGCUGCACAUGCAAAAAAAAAACCCUGUAAUUUCAUGAGGAGACCCUGUGUGUGUGUGUGGCUCCAAGGCAGUCCUGCAUCAGGCUUGUUGGGGCACUGCCUAAUUAGAGCCAAGAGAGACACUAAGGACUGGGAGCUGUCACUCUGAGUGACAGAGCACUUGCCCCGUGUCUAAUCCUGGCUGCUGGAAGCCAAACUGACGUGUUUUCCUGCAGUGCGUCUCUCAAAACUAUCUUUUUAAGCCACCCAGCCCCUGCCCCGCUUCGCUGGCAUCUGCCCUCAACAUCUGCUUGUACUUUGUUGCUAAUGCUUGACUGCGACUUGGAUACCUUCUCUGAAUUUGACUUCCAUUUUCUACUGAGGUGCAUUGCGUGGCCUGUUGUUUCCCUGAGCCCUAAAAGGUCCUUUUAAAAUGACUGGAUACAAGGCUGUGGAGAAUAUGGUGGUUCUUGAAAAAUGCUGCUUUUAAUCUUGGGUGGAGAUGGAUCAGUGGCUGACGUUUGGAGCACGCACAGUCCCUGUGCGCAAUGAAAAUGGUCUUAUUGCCUGCUAGGAUGUGCCGUUCAUUGGCAGCGGAGCCCGUGAUCUCACAUGUCUGCAUCAGCAGUCUGAGCUGCAGAGGCGCAGGAGCUGGCCCAUCUAGUCCAAUAGCCAGUCAGCGAAGGCAGACAGUGCCAGAGGCUUCUGAAGAAGGUCUAGGAGAUCUGGUGGCUGGCAGGCAGGCAGGUAGGAGACAGUUUUCCCUCAGAGGUUUUCUCUAAUCCUCUGUAACCAAAAACAUGGUUUGCAUAAUAACACAGCAGGGUUUCUGAUCCUUCACACUUAUUAUGACAACACAGCUGCUGCUUGUGUGUAUUAAAAGAAAAACCUGAUUUGUGUUAACAUGGCCUACACAAGCUAACUAGUGUAUGGGCUGAGCAUAAGUACUGUGUUGUGUCUGAAGAACUAGCUGUGAAAGUGCUUACUUGCCAGUGGCUCUUCAUUUCCUGAAAAAGUCAUUUGACUCUGAGCAAUAUUUCAUACAUUUCUGUCAUUCUUUACACCUGUUCUGUGUUCCGGUGCACGAGAUACAUUGCAAUUGGAAAAAAUCCCACAAGCAUAAGGAAGUCUAACUUUGCAAAAGAAUUAAUUUAGUAAUUAAGUUCAUAAUAGCUCUGGUUACCCCUGAAACUCACAGUCUUUAAUGAAUUUCUCUUUAGAGCAUUCCUGUGAAGGAAGGCAGUGCUUUGGGGAUGAUGUGCUGAGGAGAACUAAGACGUAGAAGGAUUGAGGUCACAUGAAUGUGAGGCGUCAGGAUAUCGAACCCAGGUUUAUAAAGCCUUUUCGUAGUGCUGUAGCCAGUAAACAGUCCGUCUUCACCUUCUGGGUCUGUUAAGAAAUGGUUAGCUAGUAGGCUCACUAGCAGUGUUUAGAGAGAGGAAAGAAGAGAAUGUGCCAUUGUUGAUAGGAUGAAAGUUGGAAGGCCAAAAAAAAAAGUUUGUUUUUGAAUAUUAACCUCAACUCUGUAUUUUGUAUGACAUGAAGACAGGCCUUUUUUUUUCUUUUUGAAUACUUUUGGAGCUAUUCAGAGAACGAUCAUGACAAAAUGUAAGUACUUGAAAAAUGACAGUUCGUGUGGUGUAAAUAAAUAGUCUGAAGAUUAUAUACAGUUGACUCUAGCCCAUUGUGGAUAGAGUCUUGAAUAGUCCUAUUUAUUUCAGUGGUUCCUGACAUGGAAGGGAACUAUUUCAUGGCAAUAGGAGAGCUGAGUCCAGCCUUUUGAAAAAUAAGCAUGAAAAAUUAGGAGUGGAGUUAAAAUGGAAUGGCUGUUGCUUAUGUAUCAAGGUGUUUUGUAGCUCAAAGACAUGAGUGAGUGACUGGACAUGCCUUCAGAGAUACUGAAAGUGCAGUCUGUACAGCUCAGUGCUCUGUGGCUGCUCUGCGUUUCAGAGCUCUGAGGGCAUCUGCAGUGACAUGUGAAAGACGCAUCAUGUCAUUAGCCUUGUUCUAAAGAGGGAAACACCUGUAGAGGUCCCUAUUGCACUAAAAAUCUGGGGAAUUACUUGGGACUCCCUCACCGUAACACAGUUAAAGAAUUGCAGCUAUUGAUUAAAGCUCAGUGUAAGUAGUCAUUAAAAAUCAUGACAGUAAUAAAGUCUCAUACUAUGACUAGACUUAGGGCUGCUCCUACUCUCGCUGAAUUGAAUGAGAGCAAGAGCAGGCUCUGUAAAAAGCAGUUCUUAGCAAGCUGAAGGAGCUGUCACAGCACAGUUGACACCACUGGCUUGUGCAGAACAGGAAAAUGUUUCUUGUGGUAUUACUUGGAGCACCUUUGGUAUGUGCUGUACAGAUGCAAAGAGGGAGGCACUGCACGCACCUUGGAGCUUACAGCUUUUUAGGCGUCUCACUUGAUUGCUGGAGUUGGAAGCUGGGGCACUGACUGUUUUUGAUUGAGAGGGGUGUUUUGACCCAGUUCUGUAUGCCCAUUGCUUGCAUAGGCGGUCAAGCUCCAAAGUGAGACAUUUAAGUUAGAUAUCUAUAGUUAGAAAAGAUAAAUAUCUCUUUUCAAGGAGACCAGAUGAAACAAUGCAAGAGGAAACAGAGGCACAGAAAAGGGAAGUCUCCUGAUCUAAAUCACGCAAAGCCUGAGUUUGGUAUAGGCCCUGGAUUUUUGGUCUACCCAUCCAAGACCUGGGUGACUGCCUCUCUUCCCAUCUGUAGGCCAAUAUUUUGCCUUUUUACUUAUGAGAAGUAUCAGUGGAGGCCAAAGGCUGGAAAGAGAACAGAGGAUAACUCCUUGCUGAGGCAGGGUCGUGGACUGCUGAAUUCAGUGGAAAUCUUACUAGACCAAGGCCCGGUUACACAGCUGGUCAAAAUCAUUUGUUAGAUUGGUUGAGUAAGACUCAAAGACAAUUUAGGGUAAAAACUAUUUUAAAUGCUCAUCUUCUGACACAGAAGGAUCAGAGGUAUCUAAAUCUUUUUGCUUCCAAGCCCAGCAUUGAAUCACAUAAAAACUAAUUUUAAUGAAGACUUUGUUUUGAAUUUACCUGGUGAAAGUAUGCAAACAGGUUUCUUGCUAAUGAUUCUCUAUCUACAUUUUUACCUAUAUUUUGUCAUUUCCUUUAAAAAGCAAAAAUAUAGUUUGCUGUACUUUGAAGACUUGGUAUUCAAACCUCAAGGUGUGUGUCCUGAUUAUGACUGACCAAAAUGUGGCAUGAUGAUGUUGCCAUUGGCUGAUUGAAUGAGUGGGGAAUUAUUCCCAAAACACAGGCAGAUGUGUGCAAAGUUGGUUUUUGCUUUUCCCUAACAUUGUUUUAUUCCACUGGAUUUGAGAGCUCUUAGAAAGCAAACACAGAAAAUAUCGAAAGAAAGCAUGUUGCAAGUCUGAGACAGGGUCAGACUAGGUGCUCUUCAUUGCUAACUUUAUGACAAUUAAACUUGCAAUUACUUUCCUGGUUUAAUUUUUGACUGCCUUUACUUUGGUGCACUAAAAACCCAUUUUUUGCUCAGGAAUGUGUUUGUCUUGGUGGGAGAAGUUUUUUCUUCUACAUUAAGGUUUUGGGGGAAGUAACUUCUUUCUUCUACAUUACGGUUUUACUUUAAGGAGUGAGCCUUGGUAUUAGCUGGGCAGAAUUUAGCCCUUAGGACCUGAAAUAGCUCCCAAGAUAUCAGCAAGGCUUCUUAUUGAGGUUUGACAGCUUGCUGGUAGAGAAGUAUUCAGCUCUGCCUCUCACAAGCCAGGACAUACUGGUGUGGGGGGCAGUGGGGAUUGGGAGCAGCCUGAGGCGGCCAGUGUUGAAAGGAUUUGCGUCUAGGAAAGGUACCGUGUGUCUGUGAGCCUAGAGUUCAGCACACUCGCCUGCUGUGCAGGGGUUACAGACGUGAAGACCUAGAGGAUAGUUGUUGCUAUUGCCAAUUUAUCUACCAUGUCUUUCAGCUUCCCAAGGCAAGGAACCAUGUUAUGACCCAGGGAUAGGAGCGUUAGGGCUUCAUCACUGUUGCUUCGUGAAAUAAAGAAUAAAAUAAAAAAGGAAAACUCCCAGAACCCUUCCCAUGUCAUCCACAUACUCGAUGCUGUGGAAAGAUGCUUCUCAGUAGCUCCUUCUGAGAAACAGCACAACAACCGUGACUGAGACAUGAGAAGACAAGGUCCAUGCUUUGUAAGAGCAUCUGACUAACUCAGACAAAGUUAAUUUGUUUGACAUAAUUCCUGUACGUAAGACUUAGUCUGUUUGUAUACCAUUGUUAGGGCAAGUGCCAUGAUGAACUGCAUUUUAUUGACUUCUACCAGUCAUUCGAUAGAGACCAGCAGCAGAUUUGAAUAUGACCACUAUUCCAGGAAGCUCUCUAAUAGAUACUAACUCAGAGUUUAAAGGUUGCUGGGCAGCAAAUAGGCCUAGCAGGUAGCCAUGCCAGCUUUAUGUAACAGGGAGGAUCCAGGCACUUCAGUGCGUCCCUGCUCUGUGGGCCAGGCAGCCCAGCAGCCACCUCGCAGGUGGGAGAAGCAGGCUGAGGUGACUCAGUUGCAGGCAGGGCACAGUGUGGGGACCUUGAGUGACAGGCCAAGCCACAUGGCCAGAACAUGAAGUAUUUGGCUGACAGUUUGUGACUUUCCCCCUCUUAUCAAGGUUACUACCUCACACAUGCAUGUGUGUUUAUUGGAGGGAUGCCAUUAGGACAGAGCAACACAGGGAGGGCCCCCAAGUGGCCUUGUCUGUGUUAGUGUUUUUCAGAAACCUGUAGCAUCUAAAGCAUAGGUUUGUUGUCGGCUGCUGGGGACUCUGCUUGAAAAGGAUAAGAGUUUUUGCAGUGCUGGUACAGCUCUUGGUGGUCUCUGGCAGCUCAGUCUGCUUUCUGUCUCUCUGGCAAUGUGAGCACUAAAGCUCGACAGGCUGGGAUUUGUUGUCAGUGUAGAUACAGGCAGGGGAGGGACAGGAGCUGCUGGCAAGAGAGGGAAAGCAAAUGCUGCAGUUGGACUUCGGAAGGGGACAUUGCCCUGUCCGGAUGAACAGGACUAACUUACGUAUGAGUUGGUCCCAAUCUUGGCUGCCUUCAAUUAAUACAACUUUACUGAUGCCCGCCGUGUUGUGUUGGUCUAUACUCGCUGAGGGUUUCCCUUGUACUGAAUAAUACAGGUUUAGAAGAAUAGCCAGCCUGUCUUUUUACGGUUAUAUUUUUCUCUUAGCAAUGAAAAUAAUUUAGUGCAUGGUUGUCACCUGACUGCCUGACAGCUGUGGCAGGGGACCUAAUUUUGUUCAACUUGGGAUGAGACCUGAGUCCAUGGGUAGGAGAAAAAUCCUUUGAUACCUGAUGGCUGUAGCUGGUAGAGCAGUGGCUAUGAAAACCUGCAAGUGGGAGUUUCCGCUAAUUACUCUUGCUGCCUUAUUCUCAGGGGGAUGCUGAGGGGCAGAGAGCAGAACUAGCACAAAUUUCAAGGUAAGCAGUGAACAUGAAAACGAAGGCCGGCUGAACGUGGUGAAAGGCAGUGUACUUAAUGAGCCUUCCAAGUCAAUAACUUCCAGCCUGAUGCUGUAAAACAAGUCAAAAGAAACAGGAUUGAGUGCUUCAAAGCAAAAUGAAGUCCAAGACCCAGAACUGUAUGUGGGGACAAUUGACUAGUUCUCCUGAAGCCAGUAAGAUGCAAAGUCAUAGGAGAUCCACCUCUUGUUGCAAGGGCCUCUGCGGUUCAGCUGUGUUGUGAUUUCAGGAUUAUGAUUUUAAAGCGGAACUGCUAGUUAUAGCCCUUAUGUGAGGGUGAAUUUGUGUGGCUUGGCUUAUGUCAUCCAAAACAACAGCUCUUGAUUUCCCUACAGGACAUGUGGACCCCUGUUAAGUGAGUGCAGAUGCCAGCACUAGAGCAGGUUUUCCUAGUUAUCUAUUGAAGACCCCCUAUCAAUAGUUCAUAGACUAUUGAUGUAAAAGAUAUAAUUGACCAAAGGUACAUCUGAUUCUUCUCCAGUCGCCAAGCAGACCAGAAAGCUAACUGUGUUACAGCAGUGCCUGUAGGUCAUCAUGCCCUCUCAUAAUUGGGUGUCACACCUAAUUAGACUGAGGCUAAAACAUGAUGGUUUCUCAUUUUCCAGUUAAAAGGAGUUUUAUAAAUCCAGUGGCCCACAAAUGAUUUCUGUAGUGUCUGCUGUGAUUCUCAGAGCAGUCUGUAUUCAGGCUCUCUGGGUUUACUGGAAGGAGCCAGCAUGCUAGACUCCCAAGGAGCUGAAAGACAGGAAAUUCUGUUGCCCUUUCCCCUUGUCUUGUUAAUACUUCUCUUGACUUUUUUGGUGGCACUUUCUUGACUUCUCAUGUGCAAAUAUGUUUGAAGGUUCUCUUCCCUCAGGCACUUCUCAGCCGUCUCCUAAAUUCCUUCUUCCAUCACUAACUACUUUUCCAUCAAGAUUACAGCAGCAAAAAAUGUUCUGUAUGGCCUAGGUGCUCCCCUAUGCAUGAAAAAUGUGUGCCGGAGCCAAGAAACACCAGGAGUUUCUUCCUGAUUGUUCCAAAGAAGAAUGGGCAGUGACGCAGGCAGAGGGCACGACCUUGCACACACACGCACACACACAAACACACUCUGCUGCUGCUCUGAGAUCUGCACAGAAAUUGCCAUGACCUCAGCAGAAUCACAAGAAGCUUGGGGGUAGCCAGGCUGAGUUCUGUGGCCUCGCAUGCUCCUCCUCACCCUUUCUUUCUAGUCUAGCAUGGUUCCUUUCAGAGCUGUCCUUCUUGGCCUACGCAAAACAGGUGUCCUCUCUUUCCACCAAAAGUCAAUGCCUGGAUGCACAAGGAAAAUCCCUUCUCUGUGCAAGUGGCUCCGUUGAACAGGUAGUGGGGGGAGAGUGCAAGGAGCAGUUUUGUCCUGGUCCUGAGCUCUGCCAAGGGCAGAGUUGUCCCCCACUGGGAGGAAUCCCCAAGAGGUUUCACAGGGUGGGGAGGAGAGACAGGGCAUGCUGUUCUUGCUUUCUUCUUCUGUUACCUGUGGCACAUUCACACUCAUUUGACCUCCUCUCAGUUCAUGUAAGCAGAGGGAAGAUGUCCCAGUGUGGGAUACCACUCUAAGCUACUCCAGCACACUCUUGUAAGUCAGGUGCUAUAUCGAACUGCAGCCUGGUGAGUCUUGAAAGAAGUAUUUCGGAUAAUUCUGCAUAGGGUUAGUUUGCUUGUUUUUUAAACCAUUAAGCAUUGUGAAACAUAGUUACUUAAAGUGUACACUGAAGGCUUUUUAAGAGAAUUAACCAUAAAGUAGAGAUCUGAGGUUUUCCCAGUUAGCUCUGGCCUAACUCCAAGCCCUGCUGCAGACUAGAGUAAAACCUUCGUUGACUUCAGUGGAUACAAACUUUGGCUACUUGUACCAUCUGAGUCAUAGGAUAUUUAGAUAUUUGUAUGUUUUAGAGUUCCAUGGGAUUCUUAGAAUUUCUCAUUUGAUUUUCUAGUAAGUACCACCAUGAGAACAAGAUGAAAGGUACAGGCCAUAUGCUAUUCAGUAACAGCAGAUCAUAAAUGUAAACAUGCUCUGUUCUAAUAUUAUUAGAGGCUUAAAAAGCCUCUGGAUGGGGGAGAGACCUCAAGGCUAUUUGACUGUAUAUGGACACAGUCUGGACAGAGCCCGUUGAAAUCCUGGGCAUUUUUCCAUCAACUUCAUUAAGCUUUGGAGCAGACUGCAAGUGGCUCGUCAUUCCUGUGACACAGGAGAACCUGGGGACAUCUGUUGUCCUCAGGCCAAUUCUGCCACUCCUGUUCAUGCAGACAAAAUUAUAGCAGAAUUCGUGUUGCUAGUAUUGAACAGUGACUUGUGAAAUAUUAUCUGAGGACAGUGGGAUUUAGACUUUGUGUACUUUCAUAGGAUUUUUGCACUCGCUGUCCAUCACUUAAGUAUGUUUGUCAUGCUUAGCAUAGGAUUUCUGGAGAUUGUGUACACUAUCCAUAAUGCAAGUGAAUUCCAGCUUCUCUGUACUAUAUCUAUUUGUAUUGAAAGAAACUAUUACACAUUCAUGAGCCAAAUUCCCUUUGUCAUCAAAAUAUUUGAAUAUGUUUGUUUAAAAAUGUGCACUGUUUUUUUGUUAUUUGCUAACUGUUCUAUAAUCCUUGUUUAGUAACAGUUUGGUCUUUAGAUGUUAACUUGCGUGUUUUUAUGAACACUCAUACUGCUGUUUGAAACAGUGCUCUGGAGCAACACAUACAGCAAAUGAAAAAAAAAAGAAAAAGAAACAAUACACUACAAAAAGGAACUUCACAUGUCUGCUGCCACACACGUACCAUUUCUUUUAUGCCAGAUGAUAUUUUCUGUGCUUUAUUGCUAGCUGACAUGGAAAUACAUAGUCAGACAUUGACAGAGGCACCUUGUAUUUAUGAUAGAAAAUGUCUCAUUUUAAUAUACAUGCCCUGCCUUGUGCUGCUGCUGCAGCUUCUGACUUAGGUGUCAGAAGUUUUGGAAAUUUUGAACAGCAAGUUUGUCUUUUAUUUCUCAUAAAAAUCUCUGUGUUAACGUGGAA